AUGAAACGCUCACGUUCUAUUUGUGAGGCUUUUGGGCUUUGGGGACUCCAUAUCAUACCUACACAGACUUGGACUACUAUUCGAUCUGUUAGAUGGACACCACCGAGGGUUGGACAGUGGAAACUCAACGUCGAUGGAGCAUCUCAAGGCAACCCUGGACCAUCUGGAGGAGGAGGUAUUUUACGUGAUAGUAUAGGAUGCAUUCUCUUUGCCUUUUCAAACUUUUAUAAUAUACGAACUAAUAUUGAGGCAGAGGUUAUGGCAAUACGGGAUGAUUUGCUUCUUUGUGAGGAGCAAAAUAUUACUAAUAUUGUCUUAGAAUAUGAUUCCAAAGUGUUAGUGGACAUGUUACGUGCAGACUCUUGUCCUCAUUGGAGGCUCAAGAAUAUCUAG